GCGAGUCAACAACAAGGUGCGCGUCCUGCAGCCGCUGCAGUUCUCUAGCUAGCUAGCUUAGCAAGAUAGAUCGGCUCGCAGUGCGACGAUGACAAUAAUGGCGGUCGCCGGGAGACGAGGUGGUGCGCGGUGACCGGCGGCCGGGGAUUCAUGGCCAGGCACCUGGUGGCGGCCUUGCUCCGCUCCGGUGAGUGGCGCGUCCGGGUGACUGACCUCACCCCUACUCUUGUACUCGGCCCCGGAGAGACGGAGGAGAUCUUUGGCGAUGCUCUUCGUGAUGGCCGUGCAAUCUAUGCUUCGGCUGAUGUCUGCAACCUAGAGCAGCUUAUCAAAGAUACGUUUCAGUUGUCUGUCAGUGGAGCUUGGAGAGGGCGACUCGAGGCGAUGCGAGGCUUCUGGGCUAUUCCGCACUAGGUCGAUCUCGAAGAGGCGAUUGGAGUUGACUGAGGUGUAUCGAGGGAUUGUGCGCUAGGCGUCUGAUCUGUUCGUGCAAGGUUUGUUGCUCAUGCGGAGUUUGGUUCGUUCAUGGUGCUAGGGUUCGUUCAUUUGUGUUGUUAGUUUUGUUAUUUUUGUGUCGGAUGUGGCUUGUGUUUGUGUAUAUUUUAAUCUGACCAAAUUUCCUUGUAAAUGUUUGUGGUUUUGUCGGUAAUUUUGGAGCUACGAUGUCAUGUUCUUCAGUGUCCCUAUUCAUCUGAAGAUUUGUUCAGCGUCUGGUACAAGAUGGAGACUAGAGGUCGAAAAAAGCGCCGAGUUGAAGAUGUUUGUUCUCAAGAUGAAUUUGUUGAUUUAGAAGGCAGUCAGAGUGAUGAUGUGGUCUGUUCCCAAUAUGCUAAUGAUGAUUCCUUUCUUAAUAAAUCAAGUUCUGAUGUUGAGCUAUUUUCUGUGGAUUCUUCAUCUGAUGAUUCAGGUCCUCAAAGGUUUAACAAAACUUUGUAUAAAGAGUGUUUGAAAGAUUUUAACAGGAUCAGAGCCUUAAAGCGUAAAAUGUAUCUGGCUUUGGUAUCUCAGUCCAAGAAAAAGAAAUCUUCAAGCCAUUCAUCUGGUGGGUUCACUAGGCAGUCUCUCAGCGAAUUUUCUAGUGUCAUUACUUCCAUGUCUGAAGCUAAGAAAGAUGUUAUCAGGAGAUAUGGAUUUGGUUCACUGCUGCUUUUUGACAAGUGCUUUGUCCCUAAGAAGUUUACUAAGUGGUUGGCUUCUCUUAUUGAGUCUAAGUCUGGAGAUCUGAUUGUUAAUGGGAAGGUUAUAUCAUUGACUGCAAAAUCUAUGAAUCUUGUUCUUGGUAUUCCUGUUAGUGGUACUCCUUUUCCUUCCAAUUACUCAGCAGGCAGAGCUAUUGUUCUAUCUAAGAUUGAUAAGACUUCUUUGCCUCAAGUUUCUUUCUUUGCUGAUAAGCUGACUGCUGAUGAUCUUACUGAUGAUCUGGUGCUGAUAUGUUUUUUGGUUGUGGCUUUGCAUUGUUUUCUUUGUCCCAACUCUAAUCUGGUUCCAAGCCCUCGCUACCUUGGUAUCUUUGAAGACCUUGAGCAUAUGAGUUCUUUUGACUGGUCAGGUUUUGUUUUGCGUUGGUUGCUUGAUGGUGUUAAGAGUUUUAACAAAGUUAAGAAAGUUGGUCAGAAAAGUUCUGGUACUCUUGGAGGAUGUAUGUUCUAUCUUGCUGUUAUUUAUUUGGAUCAUGUUGACUUCUCUCAUCGUCAUGUAUCUGAAUCCUUUCCUCGAAUUGCGGUUUGGAAGCAGAAUAUGAUCAAAGAUUUUUCUGAUCUUGAUGUAAAAACUCCAUCUGGUUAUGGAAUGAGGCCUCUUCUUGAUUUUGAAAAGACAUGCUAUCAUAAGGCUUUGCAUUCUCAUCAAGAAUCAGGAGCUGAAUUUUCUGAUGGUGCUGAGUUCUUGACUAAGCUUGAAGAAGCUUGUGGUUGUCAUGUGCCUGACAGUUUGAAGGCUAGUUUGUUGGAAGUGAUUGAAGAUCAUUGCAAUAGUUGUCUUCCUUCUAUUCCCAUUGAUUUGGUAUCUCUUGGUGCUCUUCCUGUUGAAUUGAAGACAAUGUUUUCCAAAUUGAUGAAUCAUGUCUAUUCAUUUAAGCAAAAUUCAGAGGAAUUAGUUAUUAAGGUUUUGAAGGAGUUUGCUGAUUAUGAGAGUUCUUCUGAUCCUCCCACUGUUUCUCCUGUUAUGGCUAGUGCAUCAAAAAAUGUCAAUGCAAUUCAUGAACCCCAUGAUUCUCAGGUUAAUGUUGAGAAAGAUAAAAGAGCUUCUUUGGCAAAGGAUACCGUUGUUUCUCCAGUUAGUUCUCCAUUAGGAUGUCAGGGUGUUGUGGGUGUUGCUCCGAGUUCAUCUUCCAAGUGUGUUCCUUCAUGUUUGAAGAAGCAAAUUAAAUUUGGUUCAGAUGUUGCUCCCACUCAGCCAUAUGAUCCUUUGCCUAAAAGUGUUCAACCAUGUCAUCUUGUUGGGAAAUCUUCUUCUAAUUCUUUGCCUUCACAUGUCGUUGAAGAUGUAAUUCAUGUUGCUAUAGAUCAUGAUUCUGAUGUCUUAGCUGGUGCAAUUAAUUCUCAAGAUCAUUUGAUUCCAGGUCAAAUUGUUAUGCAAACUUUACCUUUUUCUGAUGAUGAAUCUCCUCAUAUAACUCCUGAACUGUCAAAGAAGUUGCCUCCUAUUUCACAGCUGAAAUCUUCUUCUAAGGCUGGUUCUUCAGUUGGUCUUCCUAUUAAUGUGUCUUCUCCUGAAGUUACUAUUGUUGGUUCAAGAUCUCUAUCUCAGAAGCUUAUGUCAAUGGGAAAGAAAUCAGAAGCUUUGUAUGAUUCAAAAUUGCAGAGUUCACGUUCUGGUCUUGUUACUCCUCGUCCUUCUGUUUCGAAGGUUCAUGGUUAUCCAUCUGUUAUUGGCAAUCAAUUUAGUCGAUCUUCUAGUAAAUCUGAUUUCAAGAUUUCAGAAUCAUCUACUGGUGGUAAGGUUCCUCUUCAUGGCCCUAGGAGGGUUGUUAAGCCAAGUCAUUAUGUGAGUGAUGAGUUUGAGAUUCAAAGGGUAAAAUUCAAAGUUAGCAAGUCUCAGAUUAUGAAAUACAAGGCUAUAUGUAAUUUGGCCAUGUCUCGGAAUAGUGGUGAUGAUGCUAUCUUAUUUGGAGGAGUUCGAUGCACUUUUUGGGCUCUUGGUGAAUCUCUUAAGCCUGGUGGUUUUGUCAUUAAUUUUGUUAUGGCUGCAUUUUGCUAUCAUCUAUACUCUCAGCCAUCUGGUCAUCUUGAUGUUUCUAAAUGCCACUACUUCUUUUCUAGCAUAUCUGAUCAGCUUCUAAAGGAUAGUGAUGUUGCCAAUGAAGAUAUCUUGAACAAAGCUUUUACCAGAACUUCCAAGUCAAGGCCUCUUUAUUGUUCUAACUUGCUAUUCUUCCCUUGUCUCUACGAUGAGCACUGGUUUGUCUUUGUGGUUGACAUAAAGGACCGUUCGUUUGUUUUCUUGGAUUCAUACUAUGGGUUACAAGAUGAGUACCAGGUUGAAAUGAGGGACAAAUUGAUUUCGAAUUUCAAGUUUUGGUGGAAGAAAUUUGGUUUGAUUGAUAUGGGUUUCCAUGGUUACACAGUUUCUUAUCAUUUUGUUCCUAAGCAGGCUGCUAAUAAUCUCUCUGAUUCUGGUAUUUUUGCCAUGAUGUUUCUUGAGCACUGGAAAUCUCCUCGUUCUUCUAUAUUCACUCUCUUCAAGGAAUCUGAUAUCCCUAAUUUGAGGAUUAAGUUUGCUAAUGAUCUCGUCUUCUCUGCAAAGAACACAGGUCGCAAGGAUCUUGUUACCAGUUAUCAGUUUGAGGAUGACCAAGACGUGUAAUCAACUUGGUGUUGUGAUAUAGCUCUAAUGCUCACAUGAUGUCUUAGUGUUAAGUAGAGGCACAAAUGUUCAGACAUUACAUUGUCCAUAUAUGGAUGUUUCUGUAAUAGGAGUAGAAUAUAAAACUAAAAUGCUUGCUAUGAUGACCUAUGGUCUAUAAUUGCUACAAUGUAAUAGAUAAUAUUGUUCUCCGUCCUCAUUGAUGGUCUUGUUUGUUUUUGUC